AUGUUCGCCCUGCCGUCGGAUUACGUGACCGCGCAAAACGCGGGCAAAACGUUUGCCGCCGACUACUACGGCCGGCUGAGCGUGUCCGUUGAGUCCGUGACCGACUUGUUCACCGAGUGUUCGCGGUACUACUCGAUGGACUCGCUGAACGGUCGGCCGACGGUCGGCAGGUCAGGCGCUGUCCGGGAGGUGCGUAGAUUUUUGAGCACGUACAGCGGCGGCCGCCGUUUCGUGAAGGUCGUGUCCGUGGACGCGCAAACCGACGGCGACGAACGGGCCAAAAAAAACUUCGGCAGCGACGACGGAAGAAGUGACGACGACUACGCCUUCGACUACGACUACGCCUUUGACUACGACGACUAUGGCGGCGACCAGCACUUGGCGGUGUUUGUGCACGGCGAGUUGACGGAUCCAAAGCGUCCGUCGUUGGCGCCGCUGCCGUUCGUUCAGACUUUUCGUGUCCGGUGGCUGCGGACCGCAGACCGUGGCGAUCUGUUCGAAAUCGUUAUCACUGUUGUCAAGACUAUGAUGGACGCGGUCCAACCGCCGCCGGCGCAGCAGCACCAUCAACUGCAGCACCUUCAUCGACUGCCGGACGACAACCACAACGGAUUUUCAAAUUUUGGACGUGUAGAAAACGAUUAUGAAACAAGAGAACCAGGGUAUAAACAGGGAACAUAUUAUGCAGACAAUACAAAGCAAUUGAACGCAGAAGAUCGGGAAUUUGAACUAUGGUCGGAUGUGACGUUGCCGUCUACGGAUGACGAAGAACAAGAACCACCCGAAGGGCUAGAGUCGAUGCGAGAAGAGUUCUUGGACUACUUGAAGAAGGUGGACGAGUUCUUGGAGAAAUCGACGGUUGACAGCGACGAUAACGUCGACGACGAUGUCGGUACAACAGAUCGGCUACGCGUCGACUGCUUAGACAAGUCGAUCACGGCCGACCAACUGUACACGGUGUUCAGCCGGUACGGCAAAGUUCUGUGGGUGCGAGUGCUGCCUUACGAUUACAGCUGCAGUAGACAGUACCAUUCGGCACUCGUCUGCUUUGUUCGGAACGAAUCUGUCGACAGGGUGAUGGCUGACCACCAUGGCUCCGGUUGCACGAUCGGCGGAGUCCGUGUGUCCUUUAGCAGGUCCAGACUAGAUCAAUGAUACAUUUUUACGACGAGGUCAAUGGAUUAAUAGGCACAUUUUCAUACAUUAUGUCAACUACGUGUCUGCGCCUUGUCUCUAACCACGAGCUUCCUGAUUUGGUACGGAUUCUGUGAAAAUCUACAAAAUAGAACUUUCAAUUUCAACUUAAAAAAUGAAAUUGAUAAUAGAUACACAGCUGUCUUGACGUAAAAUAAUAUUUAAUUUUAAAUUAUAUCUAUUUCGAUAUGAUAUUUAUACUUAAAUCAAAAUACUAAAAAUUUUAAAUUUCA